UUUUAAAAUGUAAAUAAAGAAUAUUAAUUCUUAUGCAUUAAUUCUUAAAAAUUCUUAAAAAAAUUGUAUAAAAAAAUAUUAUUUCUUAUUUAUGAUUUGAAUGAAACAAUGCCGCUACAGUCCUGAGUCACGAUUUGAGACUGAAAUGAAGAUAACCUCGUUAGGCACAGACGUCACUCACACACAGUUCUGAACUCUAUUAUCAUGUUCCAAGAAUUCAAUCCAGUGAAACAAAAUAAUUAACUACUGCUGAUUAAAAAAUUAAUUGUUAACUAUCAUUUAUUAAUUUUCAUCAUUGAUUUAUAACAUUGAUUAAUAGCUGAAUUAUUGAUUAAUAUAACAAGUAAAAUAAUUUAUCGACUAAUAAAUUAUUGACUAAUCAAUUUGAAUAUCUUUCGAUUGAUUAUUAUUAUUUUUAUAAACGGUGUUCAAUUUAUCUCAAUAAUCGAUUAAAACAAUCAUGAUUGCGCUUAUCAUUAAUUUCUAAUCGAUUACGUUAGUUUUGCAAAAAAACUCAGUCGAUUAAUUGUACAAAUUCCUUUAACAAUUAAUUUCAUUAAUUGAUUACUUUAAUAAUGAUUAUAUAUAUUUUACAUAUUGAGCCGAUUAUUUUAAUUAACAAAUAAAUUAAUCGAUUAAUGCUCAACACCGCGUUAACACACAUUUUGUAAAAAUAGAGAAAAUAAACUUUAAAGUUAAUCAAUUUAAAUUGAGCGUUUAUUUUUUCUGUUUUUACAAGGAGUAUUGUAUAACAAGCUCUCCAAUUAUUUGCAUUGAUAAAAAUAGAAAAUUUAUUAUUUUGCGAUUGAGAAGAAGACUAACUUCUUUGUGUAGUAUUAAACUUUUAUUAUUAAAGUUCUUUGCAACUGUUGAGAGAUAAAUUACUCUCUGUCAAUAGUUGGAAAGAGUUUUCCUGAGUAAAAAUAGGUAUCACGAUUUAAAUAUAAUCACAUGAUAUCUCUUUUUAUUUUUGCGAUUUAUAUAGUUUCUUAAUAUCAUUCAAUUGCCGUGACGUGUACUUUUCCUUACGAUCUGAUGUAAUAUUUGGAUUUAUCUAUAUUACUUAAUAUUUAAACAGGCUCAACUGUAAUUAUUAGAUUCGCGAUAAAUUUCGUAUGCUAAAUAGUGCUCGAAGUAAUCUUGCGUGUAAAUUUAAUGUUUUCUCAUAUGAUUGCAGAAACGCUGUAUUUUAUCUGAUAAGUUUUAUUGAGCUGAUUAAGAAUCAGAAAAGGAGGGAGGAGUAGUAGUUCUUCACUUUAUUAUAUCACGACUCUGCUUCUGAUAAACUUGUGCAACGGAGUCCCAUACUUUUAUCUUCAUUCGUUCAAAGACGUAACACAUAUGCAUACAUCUGUGAUAUUUACAGAAUACUUAAACUGUUAAACAUCAGUAUCUGUGAAUGGAUAAAGGAACCGGCGAUACGAUGAGAGACGGCCGGCGAGCUGACUAUUAUUUUGGACAUGUUAAAUAUGACCGUGCGAUCAUCCACCUACUCGUGAUCUUGUUCGGCGUGUCCACUUGGAUCGGCGUCAAUGGAAUAUUUAUCGAACUGCCACUUCUCGUCACUAUUGCUCCGGAAGGCUGGAAUUUGCCCGCGUACAUAGUAAUAGUGGCCCAAUCAGCGAAUGUUGGCCCCGCGAUUUACGCCCUCCUACACAAGAGCAAAUGCCAGCCAAACGAAUCGUCAUGCAUACUGUGCUUACUGUGCUUGCAGGUUCUCGCUAUGGGAUUGCUGAUAUUUCUUUACGACAGAACGACCACCGUCGGUGGCGAGAGGCACAGCCUGAUUCUGCUCGUCUCGGUAUUCUUCAGCGCGCUGGUCGGUUGCUUCAGCUCGGUGCUGUUCAUGCCUUACCUUCGCGACUUCGAUGACGUUUACAUCGUGUCUUAUUUCGUCGGGGAAGGUUUAAGCGGCGUGUUACCGAGUAUAAUGGCACUGAUACAAGGUGUGGGAGAAAGCGCGGCGUGUAAUACUCCUUUUGCGAACACGACGAACGAAAUUUCCCCUAACGCGCCCGAUCUGAAAUUCUCGGGGCAAUAUUACUUCUUGUUUCUGACCCUUGUACUCGUAUUGUCGCUCGUUGCAUUUAUCGUUCUACGAUUUUCCCCCUUUGUACAAAUCAGCAAGAACCUGCGCGAUUCUAAUUUUCUUACUCAAACCAAGGUAGACUAUAAGUCACGCGAAGAAUCUACCGUUAACGUUUAUAAUAUCGAUAACGUUAAUCGCGCACCGGCCAGGAAGGAAAGCGCGACGGCAAACUGUUCUUCGUUUGACGAGGCAAAAAGUUUACCGGUAUUUAGGAAAAUUUAUUUAUAUAUUCUGAUUGGAGUCUGUUGCUUCUUCAGUAACGGAUUUCUCCCAAGUAUCCAAUCGUAUUCGUGUCUACCGUAUGGUCAUCUUGCCUAUCAGUUGUCCAUCGUUUGCGCUCAAUUCGUGAACCCGCUGGCAUGCUUCUUGACAAUCUGGGUCAUGGUAUCAAACAUAAAAAUUAUUAACUGUCUGUCUCUGGUAUGUUUAAUCGCCGGAUGCUACGUUACGUGCGCGGCUCUAUUGUCUCCCGCGCCGCCUUUGCAAAAAUCAACGAUCGGUAUCGGAUUGAUCGUUCUGUCUUGGAUCAUCUUGAUGGGGGUCAUAUCGUAUCUAAAACUUGUGAUAGUAUCCCUCGUGAAACAUAUUUCGUCUUCAAAGGCGCUCUUCAACGUAGGCGUAGUUAUGCAAACGGGCUCGGCGAGCGGUGCGAUCAUUUCGUUCGUUUUAAUUAACUUCAGCGAUUUAUUCGAAACGUACAAUUCCUGUUCUGAGGAUAAUCACUAAAACUCAAGUUGUUUUUCUGUAUAAUAAUAAUAGUCUAUUUUGACAUACUGAUCAAAGUGUGAUAACAAUAAGUGGGCAAUGAAAAAAAAAUGGUCUGUAUGUAGAGAUAAAUAAUGAGAAUGUCUUGCACUCUUCUUGAGUUUUAAAUAAAUUACAAAUAUAUCGCUCCACAAGAUUGGAACAAAAAGAUAUAAAAGUUUGCUUAAGCAGUACUAGUAUAAUGUACACAUGUACACGUUUCCUAUAUUAUUUUAAUAAAGUAUUUAAAAAAUUGUAUUAAAUUGAAA